AUGACUACUGAAUGUCCCGUCUGUGGCAAAUCCGAAUCCAAACUUUUGAGAUGUGGACGCUGUACCUCUCGCGUCUACUGUGGUCCACAAUGCCAGAAGAAAGAUUGGGCAACCCACAAAGCUGAGUAUUCAGAAACUCUUGAAGACGGCGACUAUUGCGGGAAGCCAGGGCUGCAGUAUCGAGAUGACGCAAAGAUCACUCUCUUUCAAGUUUUGGACGGCCUGAAGACCAAGGCCUGUACUGGACGAACAGACGCCACAGCACAUUUCGUUUGCCUCGAAGGCGAAGGUCACGGGUGUGCAGAAGACGUUGGCGGAUACCACGGCUGGAAAGAAUUGUUGAUGGCCUACAAUGCACAGAAUCCUACAAAGGGUCAGAAAGAGGAGAUAUCAUGGAUCAACACCGUCUUAAGCCAACUGGAAGGCGCCGCUGGGGCAGCAUCUGGGUCAUCAAGCACCUUACCCACUGUUCUACUCGUAUCACUUGACAAGCAGCCAUGGCUCGAUGAGAUGUAUUCGGCAGUUCUCGCUAAACUCCGCUCUAAGGCUGUUGUGACGGAGGUGACACAUAUUGCCAGUACUUUGCAGCACCUGUCGAAGUCACACGAAGAGUAUGCCGCUGUCGUCAUGACCGACCCCGCGGUAAUGGAAGACAAAUUCAUCGCCGUCCAAGAGAAGCUUGUGGAUCACGCCCGUGAUGGUGGAACUGUUAUCCUUGGAUUUCUUUUCAGCGCCCUUGCUCAACCAGACAAGCUGGAUAAAUCUUUUAAGGACAGAUGGGCUCUCAAUUGGAAGUAUAGUGAUUAUUGUCGCUCGAUGUUUUCACUAAAUCCUCGAGCCAAUUUAGUCUCCACUAGCAGCCGUCAUCCGAAUCUGCCGCAUCAGUAUAGCAUGAAGGCGGUCCAUCUCAGGGACACAAAACCUGAGGAUCGGAUAUAUGUUUCCGAUCACGGUAGUGCUCAGAGUCCGGCUGUCUUGGCGAAAUAUGGAUACGGGUAUCUGGGCUGGAUCGGCGAUGUGAAUACCGAGAUUGGUACUACAGAGGUACUCUUAGCUAUGUGUGGUGUUUGA